UUCAGGUUGCUUAACGCUAUUGUAGCGUAGAGUUUGUGAAACUGUUUUUAAAUUGGAAAAAUAAAAAUAAAUACUAUUAAAGGAGUAUUAGAAAACAUAUAAAAAAAUAUAUAUAAACAUAAAUAUACUCGUAUAUAACGAAUUCACUAUAUUUUAACGCUUGUUUGGUAUAGAAUUUUAUUAAUUUAUUAUUUGGUGGCGCGACGAUGUCUACAACUUGGCGUAAAUUGCUUUUGAGCUUCUGUUUAUGGCAAUUUUUCGUCACCGCAAUUGCGCAGGAAACUUGUCUCUACAGUCCCAAGAGAAAUGGCAUUUGCGUACCUUAUGAAGAUUGCAAAGAGUUACAUAACAAAAUCUUUUUUCCCAAUGAAUAUUGCCCUAGAAAUACUGUUUGCUGUCCAAAUGUAUUAACUACACCGCCCGCAAAUGAUCGCAUAUUCAGUGGCAUAUUGCCCUCAGUAUAUAGUAAUGAUAACAACCUUGAGCCACUGCCACCACUACCCGAUCGUGUGCUGAAAAUAUGGGAUAUCGCUGCUACAGAUAAUAACCCUACUACAUCUUUGAGGCCAGAAAUUAUCAAAAAAGAAUUUCAAAAUCCAACUCAAAAAAGUUGGACUGAGAAUUCAGACGCCAAUGAGCAAGCGCUUCCACCGCUACCCGACAGUGUACUGAAAAUAUGGGACAUUCCAUCGUCAGACGUUAAUCCAAAAGCUUUCAAAAAUGCUGUUCAAAUUAAGCCACAAACCCGCUUCAUGUCAGAACAGGAUUUUCAAGAGAUUGAUGCACAUAAUAAGUUUAGCAACCAAGAAGCUCCGCCUCCUUUACCCGACGACAUACUGAAGAUAUGGGAUGAUUCCCCUGCAGAUGUUAAACCAAACCUAACUUUAGAUCCCAACUCAGCCAAAAAUGAAUUAAGGAAGCCACCUCAAGCAGGUUUUAUAUAUUUCCCCGGCAGCGGUAAUCAGUUGAACAACAUUACUCCGCCUACACGUUUGCCAAUAUUUAGUGAUUACCCGAAUCCUUCAGAUGUUAAACUAAACAAAUAUGAUGUUCCGAAAACAGCCAAAAAUGCCAUUCAAAUUAAACCACAAACACGCUUCAUGCCAGAAGAAAAUUUUCAAGAGAUUGAUGCCCAUAAUAAGUUGACCAACCAAGAAGCACCAUCUCCUUUAUACGAUAACAUACUCAAAAUAUGGGGUAACCCUGAUGCAGAUGUUAAUCCACCCCAAGCAGAAAUAAAGCCACUUUCAGUGGAUAGACCUGUAUAUUUCCCUGGUAGCGACAAUCAGUUGAAUACCAUUACUCCGCCUACACGUUUACCACUAAAUGAAUCUCAGAAUCCUCCAAGUCCAACAGAUAAUCUACUGCGGAACUUCAAUAAAGAAAGUAGUACAAAAUCAACGUUAAAUGUUAAGCAGAAACAACCAAUCAAUGAUCUUUGGAAACAACCUAAAAUCUAUGGCAUUCCACCUAUUUCCGCAGCUCAAGCAAAAGCUGAUGAAGAGUUCUUUAAAAAACUGCUUAAUACGAAUAUUCAACAAUUAAAUCCAAGCCAUAGAAGUGGUGUUACUCCGACUCCAGCACUUGCAGAAACGCCAACAAAGCAAAUGAUGUUCCCAACAAAUAUUGAUCCAACAAAACGUAUUACAAUUAUUAAUCGAAACCAAGCUUUGGCACCAACAGUCACUACUCCUCCUCCACUCACCACUACAACAAAGCAAAUACCUUAUUUCGAUAAGGAAUUCUACAGGCGUUUGGGCUUAGCCUUUGGUUCUAAAUAUGACAAAUACAUUCAACAGCAAGAGGUAACCCCACCUAUAGAUGUUAUGGAAAGUACAACAACGGAAAUAAGCGAAGAAAAUGUAACUGAGCAGCCGAAUUUCUUGAAUAACCUAAAUCAUUUUGGUUUGGAUAAAUUGAAUGCUGAGAAAUGCGGCUUUGUACAUGUUAAUCAUGAUCCGGAUAAAAGCAACGUCCAGACGAAUAUUGCCGAAUAUCCUUGGUUGGCUUUGCUGCAGUAUGAUAUUGGAAAUAAUGAGAAAAACUUCUCAUGCGGUGGCUCGCUGAUCACUGAACGUUGGGUGUUGACUGCGGCAAGUUGUAUCAAAAAGUCAUUAAUCGGUGUACAUUUGGGCGUAAAGGAGAUAUCCAACAAGGAUUGUGCGCGCAAUAAAAACUGUUUUAAAAUUUCUCAAAUGCUGAAGCACAGGGACUACAAACCAGAAACUGGCCACAAGGAUAUUGCCUUGAUUAAGCUUAGGACUCGUGCUCGAAGAAGUAACAAUGUGAAAACUGUUUGUUUGCCCACAAAGUUGGAACACUUCGAUGUGCCAUUUGAGCAGAAGGAGCUAACAGUUGCCGGUUGGGCGGUGAAAAGAGAAGAUUUCACUGCAAAUCCCAGAAAGCAUAUUCUCACUAGGCAUAAGUCACAAGUUUGUCAGCAAUUUUAUUCAGAUGAAGUUUCACAAAAGUCCAAAAUGUGCUUAGGUGGUAGCGAUUUGCCGCCAAACACGUGCAGCGGUGAUCAUGGUGGUCCUGUGUUCUGGUUGGUAAACGAUGACAAAAACGCCUUCACACAAAUCGGCGUUGUGCCGGAGGAAAUGGAUAACUGUGGCGGCGCUGAUGUGAGGCCAUAUUACGUGGAGAAUGUUGCUGAUUCGAUGGACUGGAUAACAAAUGUCAUUGCAGAGGAGAAGUAGUGAUAUUGAUUUGUAUUACAAUACUGACUGAAGAUAUUCCAUGUAUUAAAAAAUUCGUAUUUUACAAAAAUAGGUAUUUUAAUUUGCAUUGGACGUCAUAUGAAAGCAUUGGCAUCCCGGUGGUCUGGUGAGCAGCUG